AUGGGUCGAGAUUUACAAAAGAAGAAGAACCGCUCAGGGAAGCAACCCAUCAGACAGCCCCAGCGGAAAAAGAAGCUGCUGAACCCGCUAGGGAACAGUAUCAUUGCGAAGAACUGGAACAAGAAGGAAACACUCUCCCAAAACUACCGCCGCCUCGGCCUCGUCGCCCGCUUAAAGGGUCCCACCGGCGGCACCGAGCUCUCCCUCUCCGAAGCCACCCGCCUCCGCGAAGCCCGCACCUCCACAUCCUCCUCCCUCGUCCCGUCCACCGCCUCCCAACCCCCGCGCCAGCCCAAGACACCGCUAGCGAUCCAAUCCAUCGAAGCCGCCGUGAUCAGCGAGGUCAAAGUCGAGCGAGAUGCCACCGGCAGGAUCAUCCGCGUAAUCGGAUCAUCGGCCAAGAAAAAUCCGCUCAAUGACCCGCUGAACGAAUUCGACGACGACUCCGAGGAAGACGAAGAAGAAGAUGGCGAUGAAUGGGGCGGCAUCGAGGAUACGGAGGAGGAGAAGCGAGAGAUGAAGAAGACGCAGGUUGUGAGGGAGCUGGAGGAACUCGCUGCGCAGCCUGUCGUUAAGAAGCCGAGGCACCAGAGUGAGAGGGAGAGGGAGUGGAUCGAGAGGUUGGUGGAGAGGUAUGGGGAGGAGAAUACGGGGGCGAUGGCGAGGGAUAGGAGGUUGAAUCCUAUGCAGCAGACGGAGGCGGAUAUCAGGCGGCGGAUACGGAUAUGGAAGGAGGGGAGGGAUUGA